AUGCUCAACGCUGUGAACUUCUCUGCUUCCACGGAAAAACCAUCUAAUGCAGCGUUAGCCAGUAUGAUACAACGAGCAUUAUCAAUAUGCACAGAUUAUGCUCUGCUCAAUGAAGAGUUUAAUCAAAUUCGCCAAAUAGCUAGACAAAAUGAGUAUCCUAGAGCGUUUGUUGAUACAACAAUAGGAAUCGGUCUAAAUAAAUGGUAUCAAAGACAAAAUGAAGAUUUAAAAGUAGAUGCACCUAACAAAAUAAAACAUCUGGCCGGUAAAAUUCGUCCCGAUAUUGACGUAUGGUUUAUAUUAAAACCUCCACUUCGGUCUCAAAAUUUCUUUCAAAUAAAAGGUCCCAUACCGAAACAUUUACAAUCAGAAAUUGUGUACUCUGCUAAAUGCAGGGACUGUAACCAUAAUUAUGUUGGAAAAACUGAACCUCAGAGUGUCAGAAGAUUAUGCGAACAUGGAGCUUCGAAAGAAGUGUUUGAUAAGUGUGACGUAUAUCCACUAGAUACUGAGAUAGAAGAAGACGAUUCAGAAUCACAAGAUAGAGUUUGUCAGAGUCAUUCUAAACGACGCACUAUACCUAUUCAAACUCAACCGUUGACACCUGGAGUUAGACGAUCUUCUAGACUUCUAGCUAAAGCACACACUGUUGAUAAUCCAGUGAUUAAGGCUGAAUGCAUGGACGAAAGCAUGAAAGAUACAAAAGAAAAAUCGGCUUUAGCCAAGCAUGAAUCUGAAACUGGACAUAAGUUGGUCAGUUAUAGGGAUGUUCGGUUCUCGGUUCUCGAGUUAGAACCGAACCGAAAAGAACCGCGGUUCCGAAAAAGAGAAGCUACUGGCUUAAAAUCUGCUCUAUUAACAAAACGAUCGAAAAAAGUUAAAGAAACCAGUGCAACCGAAAAUGAAAAUGUUCAGCCAAAAAUUGAUGAAACAUUAAAAGGAAAAAGAAACGAGAAUGCAUGUCUAAGUAUUAAGUCACCUGUACUGGAUAAUGCUGUCAUGGCAGCAAUUAUCAAAGAUCAUAGAAGUUUUAAUGAUUUUAAUCGAGAAGGUAUGAAAAUAUUUGUUAAAGCUGCUGUUGGUAGUUAUUCAUGUCCUUCACGUUCAAUUAUUCGUACAAAAUUAAAACGAUUAUAUAAAACUGAAAGACAAAAGGUUAAAACAUCAUUGGAAAGUGUGAAAAGUUUAAGUAUAACAACUGAUGUAUGGUCUAAUAGAAAACAAGAAAGCUAUUUUACAUUAACCGGACAUUAUUUCGAAGAUGAUAAUCUUGAUCGAAUUAAACAUACAAUAUUGUCGUGCAAAAGUUUUAAUGGAAGUCACACGGGUGAUCGGUAUGCAUCAAAAAUAAAGGAAGAAUUAGAAAAAUCAAAUUUAGAGUCUAAAACAUUUACAAUGACAACUGGUGGAGCUGCGAACGUGAAAAAUAUGUGUACUAUAUUGCAGACAACAAAUGGUAUUAAACCAAUUUAUUGCGUAGCUCAUGAUUUACAUCUAACAAUAUGUAAUGCAUUACGAUUAUGGCCAAAACAAGCCAAAAAUAAGAAUUAUUCUGAUGCUGUUAUUGAAGCAUUUCUAUUAAAAAAAAUAGCAAGUAACUCUGGAACAGAUGAUUUACAAUAUUCUACUGAAUAUUCUGACGAUAAUACCGAUUUAGAACAAACGACGGAAGAUGAUAAUCAAAAUAAAAGUGGUUGUGAAUCUAGUGAAGGAAUAAUGAAUUCAUCAUCCACAGAUUUUAGUUCGGUGUCCGAUCAUAAUGAAGAUAACAACAAUGAUCGCAGUAGUGAAGAAAUAGAAAUAACACUAGAUGAUGCCAGAGAAGUUAUCACAUCUAUUACUAAUGUUUUACUUAAAUGUCGCAAACUUGUGAAUCAUUUUCGAAGAUCCACUAAACAAACCGGAUAUACCGGAAAAAACGAAUUGGUAGUUAAAGAACUUAGUGGAUCUUAUUAUCCAACGUUGUCGAAAGCAUAUAAUGCUCUACGAGCAUUUCGGGUUUUAUUAAAUACAAGUGAAUCAAAUGAUUCAGCUGAUAUGAAAGUAAUGAAAAAGUUAUUGUUAGCGUAUUUGAACCAUUAUUUUCCUCCGAACGAAACAAAUGAGCAGUAUUGUUUAAUGAGAGCUUGUGCAUAUCUUGAACCAAAGCAACACUUAGCACUUACAAACGCAGACAUCUUGAAAGCUGAACAAUUUCUAACCGAACUAUUUAUUGAACAAAAAUUUAAACCAAUAAUAAGUAACUGUGAUGGAGAUAAACCGACUAAAGAUCGCCUAACUACUAGUAGAAAUGAGUUAUCUACGUUUGAAGAUCUAUUGAUACAAACAGGUAUCCAACAAGCUGACACAACACCACAGCCAACACAUCCACUAAUAAAUGAAUAUGAUAAAUUCAAAUUGUUAUUAAAAAAGCAAUCAAAAGAAAAAUUAAAUGGAUUUUAUAAAGAGAAUGGACAUUUAUUGCCAAAUAUUCGAAUGUUAGCAAAAUGUGUACUAUGCAUUCCAUGCACCAGUGUAGCUUCAGAGAGCGCAUUUAGUAUCUC